CGUGAAGUCUCUCUCUCUCUCUCUCUCUCUCUCUCUCUCUCUCCCUAUACUUUCGAAAGUCUUACUAUAAUUGGACCUUGUAACUGUUAAACAGUGUAUCCUUGACCGUUCUGUGCACAGCACAGGGCAUUUAUUUCCAAUCAAUGAACUUUCUUAUCCUUCAUGCUAUUUAACCCAAUUUCUCAUCAACCACAAGGAGGAGCCUCUCAUCAUCGGCACCACCACCAUCAUCAUCAUCAUCAUAGAUUCAUAAUCAGCAUUUCUUCUCUGAAUGGAACCACCAAGAUCAGAACUGUGUGUUUCUGAAACUUCAAGCAUCAUCUCAGUUUCAAUUUCAGAACCCCAACCAUGCCUUCCUGCCUCAAUGGAUAGCCAGAAGGAUGAAAAGCCAGUAGUACUGCAAGAACAAGAUGAUCAACAGCAGCCAAAAACUGCGAAUCCUCAUCUCAUAUUGGAUCUAAGCCUCUGCAGCAAGGAUUCCGAUAAUGGGUCGAAGCUGGAACUCAAUCUCAUCGACUGUUUUGAGAUGAUCCCUUCCCGAAACUCGCCAGAAACUCCUCAGGGCAAUGCGACAGAACCAAGAGUGUUUUCCUGCAACUACUGCCAAAGAAAAUUCUACAGCUCACAGGCACUUGGAGGCCACCAAAAUGCACAUAAGCGCGAGCGAACACUUGCAAAACGAGGGCAGCGCCUCGGAGCAGCCCCGGCAGUCUUCGUAAACUCCCCAAACUCGCCGCUAUAUCGAUACUCCAGCAUGGCUUCUCUGCCUCUUCAUGGAUCUUUCAACAGGUCUCUUGGCAUUCAAGCACACUCCAUGAUCCACAAGCCAUCUUUCUUGCCAUCCCCAAUGGGUUCUUCACAACUAUAUGGGCAAAAGAGCUGGUCAAGAUUGCCAAUAGAUCAACAACCUGCAGUUGGGAGGCUUGCAGCAGAGAAUUAUCAUGCCGGGACAGCCGUUGGAUCGUCAUCGAACGGUGGAGCAGCCAGGUUUGAAGGUAUGAGGAAGUUCUCUCAGGGUGGUAGUGAGGGCAUUGGGGUUGCAAACUGGUGGGAGAGUGCCACUGCCCCCCAUUUGAAGACUAACCAAGAAGAGCUGCAAAAGUUGGACUUGUCCCUUAAGCUCUGAAUGGUUCUUUCCUUGGAUUUUUUUUUCACCUGAUUUAAAGUCUUUUGAGCUACUUUUUCAGUAGCAAUUUUUGUGUAAAAUUCUUUUUGGCACAAAAGACUUUGAGAGAUUUUGCACUAGAAUUCUUCACCUGGAAGCAAUCUAGUCCUUGAAAUCUGAACUCUGAAGCUGCUUUGGUACUUCAGACAACAUACUUUUCGGAAGUUAAUCCUGCAAAUUUUCCUUGAACUGUUGAAGGAAAUUUCUCAUUAGAAUAAAAGAAUUUCAUUUAAUAGCUCAAA